CUCUUUUUUGUAAAAAGACGUACAAAGCGCUGCGAAGGUACUCCUACUCCCUUAAUUAUUACUGCAAUUUAGGUAAAUAAGUUUAACCAAGGGCGCCAUAACUCAAUCUCGCUGUACUCUGAUCGAGUGCUUGGGCCGGCGCUGCCCCUAGUUUACAGUAAAUAUCUUUAUAUUUCUAAUCAAUUGAACUCUAGUAAGCCUCGCUAAUGAUGUAGGCAACAUGGACGAACUAAAUGCCAUACUUCAGACUUACGCCAAACAAAUUCAAACAUACUAUGAGCAAGAAUACCAUCCAAGUAACGCUUGGUAUCCUUUAUUUUACGAAGGACAAAUAAAACAGGAUGACAAAAAUUGGGUAAAACAAAACUACGAAACGUUUCUGAAAGGAACUGCGAACAAAAUAUUGUACAAUAGGUGGUAUCAUUCGGAUUUGGGUUAUAUUACGGCAUUGGAAUAUGCUCCUAAUGGUUCUCAUAUUAUCGCUGGUCACUCGUCUGGAUUAAUACAGAUGCACCAUGGCCGCACGGGAGCUGCCUUGUACACUCUACGUAGUAUCCAAUUUCCACCAAAGCCCAUAUAUGCCCUGGAAUACAGUCACACGGAAGAACGAGUCUGCUAUGCUGCCUGCGUGGAUGGAGCUAUUUAUCGCAUCGAAAUUCCUUUCAUACCAGAUGCGGUAGAGGAUGAAAAAAGUUACGGCAUCAAAGCGAAUCCGGGUCUAGAUUGUCUAGAGAUGCAAUAUCAUGCAGCUCCAGGGCCAUCAUCGUACACUGCUCCUUUUGUUACACAACGUUCACCGGCGCUCGCUCUGGGGAUAUCCGCAAACUCCGCCAACAUGGUCGUCGGAUACGGCGACGCCUCCAUAAAGGUGUACGACAUGGAGACACAGGCGGCAAUCCUUACAUACAAAGUUCACAAGCUGCGUCUCCAGUUCAUCCCAAAGAAACUGCAACGCAUGCACUUUGGACAGGUGUGCGCCAUCAAGUGCCACGACGACAGGCCGUUUGUCUUCGGAAGUGCGGCGUGGGAUAAGACAGUCAGGAUCUGGGACACGAGGUGCCAAGUUGGCUGCACGAUGACGUUCGAAGGGGUUGACGUGUGCAGCAACAGUGUUGAUUUAAAAAGAAACUUCUGUAUAGCAGGCAGUUGGCUGCCUACAGAAGCUCUGACAGUGUGGGAUAUCGCCGCUAAGAAGAAGGUUUCCAUCGUACGUGUGCAGAACCGGCGGCCGGACGUGGAUGGGGAAUACAUCUACGCAUGCCGGUUUUGGAAUUCCAGUAAGUACAACCGCAAGGCCAAAUACGGCAUCAUAGGCGGCAGCGGUACCAAAUGCGUGGAGAUCAUCAAUAUUCACAACCGCUACAUAACCUGCUCGUACCCCGCCGAGGGCGCCGUGCUCGCCAUCACCAGCCACGAGGACCACAUAGCCUUCGGCGGCACGGCUCCGGUCCUCAACGUGGUGACUUUCCACGACCCCAAACAUGAAGAGUACCCGAAAGAGCAAGACCAUUUAUACCAGAAGGAUUCUGGUGACGUAGUUUUACAUGAUUAUGAGGAUUAUGAAAGCGGCGCAUCCACGGAGGCUUAGCGUUGUCUAGCCGUAAAAGGAGUACUCAAGUGUAAAACCUCUAAUUGAAACAUAUACAUACAAGCUUGAAACAUCGUUUGCUGUAUGAGUAGAUACUAUGUUAAUUAUUCCUCUUGUUGCGUCAUUAAUAAAACAAUUAUAAACCUUAGGAAAAUAAAA